GAGUGGCUUAGUCUUAUUUUUUUUUGUGUGUAUUUUAUCCUCUGACCAAUUUUCUUCCCCUCGAUCGACCCUAUUAUUAUUCAAUUUUUUUUUUUACAAAUGCAUGCUCAUGCUUCAGGAAGCACACAUUUGCGCGCUUGGUAUCCACCACUUGUUGGCUAUUGUAAUGUCUUCGUGCCGAUAUUCCUUCCAAUCGCAUAACGCCUCAAAAAUCUAUCAGCUAAUCAAUACACCACUUAAUUGUUGGAUUAACCCACUAGCAUAUAAAUGGGGGAGUGCAGUUAAAAGUUUGAACAGUUGCAUUUGUGGUGUGAUUUAGUGAAUAUCGAUUCCUUUCAGUGCAAUAAACCAAUUGUGGACUUUUGUGAAAAGAAAAAAACAAUAAAAUGAAAAUGAUUUUUGUGAGGAUUUCACUCCUUUUGCUAUUAUGUUCUUGCGCCCUGGCCACUGUGUCUGUGCCAAAUGCUGUGAUUGUUGGUGGAAUCUUGAAAGCGGCUGCCCUCAAAUCAGCCGCAAUCAAAGUGGCUGCCCUCAAGGCAGCCGCCCUCAAAGGAUUAGCUCUCAAGCACAUCGUCAUCCCAGCCGUUAAGGAACACGUUGCAAAGAACAAAGGGAAAUACGAAGAACUUGGUCAGAAACUUCUUGGUGGUCUUGGUCUUAGUCACCUCCGUCAUCUCGGUGGUCAUCAUGAUGAAUAUGAUGACCAUGACCACGACGACAAGCACGAAGUUCACUACUAUCACGAUAUCCCUAAGCAUCACUACCAGGAACACAAAACUGAACAUCAUGACUAUCAUGACUACCAUGACCAUAAUGAGCACAAGCACGAAGUUCGCUACUACCAUGAUAUCCCUAAAAAGUACUCCCACGGUGGUGGCUACCAGGAAGAACACAGCUAUGGCGGACAUCUCCCUCACUACAGCUACAAAUACGGAGUUAGUGAUCACCAUUCAGGAGAUCAAAAAAGUGCCUGGGAAAGCCGUCUGGGAGAUUACGUCAAGGGGGAAUAUACCGUGAAGGAGCCCGAUGGCACAAAACGUAUCGUUUCCUACCAUUCCGACCCCAAAGGAGGCUUCGUGGCUCACGUCAAGAAAGUCGGUACUGCUCACUAUGGUGCUCACAGUCAUUACGUCAGUCAUCGGGCAGACACCGGCUCCCAGAUUUACGAAUGAUCCCCAACAGAGGGGCAAAGACUGAGGCUAGAGACGCUCCCUCCUGAGUGUUGGAUAGCAUUCCCAUCCCCCUCCAAAUCAUCCCCCAUUCCGGACGUCAAAAGAGCAUUUUACCACCCUCCAACUCCAACCCCUUCGCAUCCGGAAGACCUCGCGCCACACAAAUUUCUCCCCCAUCCCCAAGAUCUCACACACUGCAGGAAAAGUCACCCCAAGGCCACCAUCCCCAAUCUCCCCCCAGAGGCCUCCACAACUUCCUGCCCAGCGAAGGCGAGUUAUUGUUAUUUGUUGUGUUUGUAUACCUCCCCCCCAAAAAAAAAGGAAAAAAAAUGUUGGAAAAUAAAAGCUUUUGCUCCACUCACCAAAAA